CAUUGGGGAGAAUGAGGAAAUAGUGGAGUCAUCUAUAAUCUGUUCAUCUCUACCCUCUGAUCCUCUUUCUCUCACAUAAACCAUCAGAAUUCAGAAUAGAGAAUUUUGAAGAUAAAUCUAGAAAUUUGAGAUUUUCGGCAUUUAUGGAAGAAUUACCAGUUGAGCUUUGCCUUAAGAUCUUCUGUUUCUUGGAUUAUCAGAAUCUUUCUGUUGCUCAACAAGUUUGCAGGAAAUGGAAUGUGUUAGGUUCGGACAACGAUUUAUGGGCAAAUCUCUUCAAGGAGAGGUGGGGUGAAACUCGUUCAGAGUUUCACACACCAGUUGAAUCAAAAACAUGGAAAGAGGUAUUCGAAGUGCAAGACCGGUGUGAUCGUGUAGGACUAGGAUUGAAGAUAAUCCGAGAGGGAGUUGAUUGUUACCUCGUCUACCAGGGUGAAGUAAAACGCCAUUUGUGUUCGAGGAGACAGAGGAAGCAGCAAAAUGAACAUAAUCAGGAAGGGUCUCGGGUAGGAAGACCCAGUUAUGGGAUUUUAGAGAAGAUUCUUUUCUUCAUCGGAGAUCUGGAAGUUGCUUCUAACGAAGCAAAAAGAAGCCGAUUAAUGUGAAUAGAUCGAGAUCAAUAACCACUAUCUAUUCGACGUGUACUGUUCGUAAGCUUCAUUUUCCAAAUGCAUGUAUAAUAAAACUAUUCACAUAAAUGUAUAGUCUGUAAAUCCCAGUGAUAGAUCUGCACCAGUUCAUUGAUUAUGUAAUAUUGUGUAGUAUUAAAUUGUACAUUUAUUAACUGGUAAUAAUGAUGUUUAUUCAUAUGAGUAACUCAAUGCAUCAACAAUCACAAGUAAACUCAUUGCACACCUUUAUUUCCGAAUUCUACUGAAAAACUCACCAUCAUGACAUGUUUAAUUUAUCGAAGUAUCAAUUCUUUGAGACAUAUUACUCCAUUUGUCUAUUUGAAUUUACUGUAUAAUAUCUAAAUAAUAAAUAGUUUUUAGCGAAAU